CCCACGGAUUGUUUUCUUUGUAGAGGUCACUGGAGGACCCGGAAACAGUUUAAGUGCUUAUAAAACUGCAGCUGGGAACUAGCAGUAGUCUCCAGACCCAGAGAAAGAGGAGCAGAAACAGAUUCAGAAUAAGGGAUUGUAAUCAACUUUCCUUCUAAGAGAAAGCUGGGAGUCUUCUCAUUUUGCUUCAUGAAAACUAAGCUAAGAGUCAACAUUUGCCGAGUGUCUGUUAAUUGGGUGAAAUGGCUUCUUGGCCACGAUUUGAGCUCAGCAGCAGCUUUCUUCUCCAGCACAUCCAGCUCUUUCCUAUGAAGCUGAUUGGCGCUGGAGUGUGGCCAGAAGCCUACUAUCUGCAUUUAAAGGAGUCAGGACUCUGAACCGAUCUGUUUUUUUCCAUUCCUGGGUAAUGGCAUUGACCGUAUUUAUCCUCCGGCUGGCCGUCUGCAUCCUGGCAUUUCCCGUGUUUCUGCUGAACUUUCUGGGCUUGUGGAACUGGAUAAGCAAAAAAUGGUUCCCCUACUUCUUGGUGAGGUUCAGCGUGACGUACAAUAAACAGAUGGCAGGCCAGAAGCAGAAGCUCUUCAGCAACCUGCUGGAGUUCCAGGGCCCCUCGGGCAAGCUCUCCCUGCUGGAGGUAGGCUGUGGCACCGGGACCAACUUCAAGUUCUAUCCUCCUGGAUGCAGGGUCACCUGUGUUGACCCCAACCCCAACUUUGAGAAGUUCUUGAUCAAGAGCAUUGCGGAAAACCGACACCUGCAGUUUGAGCGCUUCGUGGUGGCUGCCGGGGAGAAUAUGCGCCCGGUGGCCGAUGGCUCCAUGGAUGUGGUGGUCUGCACCCUGGUCCUGUGCUCCGUGCAGAACCAGGAGCAGGUUCUUCGGGAGGCGUGCAGGGUGCUGAGGCCGGGAGGGGCUUUUUAUUUCAUGGAGCAUGUUGCAGCUGAGCAUUCAACCUGGAAUCACUUCUGGCAGCAGGUCCUGGAUCCUGUUUGGUACCUUCUGUUUGAUGGGUGCACCCUGACCAGAGAGAGCUGGAAGGCGCUAGAGCGGGCUGGCUUCUCUCAGCUGAAGCUGCAGCACUUAACGGCUCCGCUAUCCUGGCCGCUGGUGCGGCCUCACAUCCUCGGAUAUGCUGUGAAAUAGCUCGCGUGGGAGUAGAACCGAAUGAAUGGCUCAGAUAAUUCAAGGCUUCAGCUUACACUUAAAAUACUAAUUGGGAGAAGAGAAACCCUUUUUUAGGUAAAGUGGAAUUUUACCCCUAAAAAUGUCCAUUAUACCCUAUUGAACCAUUUUCUAUUGUCUCCCAGAGAAUAAAAAACAAAACAGCUUUGAACUCUCCUUUAAAAGGAAAUGGUGAGCUUUCAUAAUUGAAGUCUACUAUUAUUCCCAAACCUUGGUUUAUUCAGUAGCUUCAGAAUGUUUCUGUCUUACUUAAAUUGUUACCUAACAGAUUUGAACUUCACCCCCUCUUUGAGAGCUUGGUGAAAUAAACAGUUAAAUCACUCAAAAGACUUGGAAAAAGGAGAAGUGAAAAGAUCUUAGUAAUUCACAGACUGAAUAAAGAAAUACAACUAACUAGCUGAAAAUCCAAAUCACACAGAUUUUUUUUUUUUUAAUCUGAAUCUAUGUGUUGUUCUUAGUGUCACUGGGCUGGCAUUCAAAAUUAAUGUACCAGGAUGCCACAGCUGGCUCUGUCACCUCUCCUGUUUUUCAUUCCAGUGUUCCACCUAAGUUUUUUUUUUCUGGGUGGGUCCAAAAGCAGGCCCAAUAUUUUAUUUUAUUUUUUUAUUUACAUGUAUUUUUUUCCCCUUUCAAAGCUUGUUUCCCUGCAUUCCAGAAUUCAAUUGGUAAGAUGAAGAUAGUACUUGACACUUAGUAUAUCCAUGAAACUAUCUGAGGCAGUUAAGUUUCUUGGAUUCAUUUUCCCUAUUAUCAGCAUAUACUUUGCUAAAUGCAGCAAGUUGCAGGCAAGGAGAAGGCCCACUGUGAUUAGGAAAACCUUAUAUAAUUCGGUACACUUUGUACAAUCCUUUAAAAACAAGGCAACCUGUGAGUCUAUAAAGAAGGGGACAGGUAUUUUUUUGGAUAAUUCUGAUCAAAUUUACAUUACACUCCUGUUCCAAGAUGAUUUCUUUUUUCCUUGCAACCAUGGAAACGUCUAUAAAUCAUCACAAGUGCUUUGAAAACAAGUGUUGGGUUGAUCAGUGAGAGGGCUUAAAAAUAGGAUUUUCAGUAAUAGUUUGCAUGUAUUUUAAUAAAUGUAGUAUAUUUUCUGAGAUGAUUUUGUAAAGGGACUAUUUUAAGUAGUAAGUCAAUAAAUUCACACACAUUUUAGAAACAAAUAAGAUAAAUGGUUUAUAUA